AUGGCCGAUUACCGUAAACUUACUCCUAAGGAACCGAGAGUCCUAUCUCUGGAACAGCAGGCUGCCAUGGAGGCUGUAGACAAGCCUGGAAACCGAGGGAAAUGGGCUACAACCAAGAAGGAGACAAUAGAGGAGGAUAAGUCUAAGUCUUCUAAGUUAAAGAAGCGCAAGUCAGAGAAAGGGGAUUCUUCUAAACUUAAGAAGAUUAAAAAGAUGGCAAAAAAGUCCAAGAGUCCUACUCCUCCUAGCUCAGAAAAUCACGAGGAAGAUGAAGAAGAGGAAAUUCGUCAUGACUCACCGAGAGGUAAUACUCCUCCCUUAUCUCCUACUCCAACCGAAUCUCCUCAUAACAAACUUCCAACCCCACCUCCAUCACCGAAACAGAUUGUUCCUGUUUCGGUUGUUACUAUUCCUCCACCUACCACAUCACAAACAAUAACUUCUUUUCCACCACCACCACCAGUUUCUUCCAUUCCUAUUUCUACAACUUCCUUACCACCUCCUAUAAUUUCCCAAUCCACCACCACUACUAUUCCUGAACCGACAGUAGGAGUCAACGUAUCUGAUACGGGGGUAACUACUAAAACUGAACCUCCAGUCAUCACUAAACCUCUUUCACCCUCACAUUCAACCGAUUCUGGUGCCACUCUCGGUGGUGCUAAUGAUGAGUAUGACUCUACAUACUUCAGUCCCUAUCGGCUUCCUACUGAUGAGGAUGAUGAUGCUCCAAUCACCAGCCAACACUUGCAGAGCAUUCAUGAGAAAUUGGAUAAAUUGCUUGAUGAUAGCAAGUCCUAUAGUGGUGUUGUGAUAAAAGCCUUUUUGGACACUGCCCAGCAAUACACUGGCUCCAUUGACAAAUCAACUAAGGCUGUUAAUGAAUCUACUUCUUCCUGUCAAAAGGCCUCUGCUGAUGUUGCGGAUAUUGUUCAUACUCCUCAGAUUUUUCUCGAGUCUCUUAAAGGGCAUGCUGAUACAAGUACAGCCAGGGUGCAAGACUCUGUGGAUUUUUUUUCCAAGUCCCUUCAAGAAGAGCACACCAAGUUUGAAGAUGUUCGUUCUUCCAUCCAAGCAGAGAACACUUCACUUCUUAGUUCAGUGUCUUCUGGGAUUGAAUCUCUUCAUGCUGAUCUCGCAAAAGAAAAGAGAGUUGUUUUUCGCAGCUGUGCAGGGGAUGUGACGGAUAUGCUCACCAACAUUCUUGGUGCUCAUGAUCCUAUCCUCACUAUGACCAUUCAAAAUCAUCUCACUACUAAACUUCUUCCUGCCCUUUCCCUGUUACACGAGAUGAAGAGUGUUUCGGAGAGAUUUAUUUCUCCAAAACAAGGGGAGAGGGAUAAAGUUACCACCGAACUGAAGGAUAAUAUAGCUUCAGGUUCUGGUUCACAAGCCAAGCGAAAGGAGAUUGAAGAUGAUAGCGAUGAUGAUGUUGAGGAAACCAUUGCUGAGGCUCUCAAAAGAAAGAAGAGAGACCGAGAGUUGGAUGAAACUCUAAAAAUUACAAGGGAAGCAGAGGAGAGGGAAAGGAGAAACAAGGAAGAAGAAGAAGCCUUGAACUGA